CUAGGACCACUUCCUGAGGCGCGAGGCAGGAAGUUAUCUGGUCUCUCUGGAGUCCUGUGGAGAAAGUGCUGUCUGCUGCAGUGGUGGCGGCGAGAACAGGAGGUGGGUCGGGAGACUGGCCGUUCGGUCUCGCCGCAGCCAAGGGCCCGUUUCCAUCGUAGCACCACGGCCCUCUUCUCCAGCCCCGAGCCCGGCGCGGCUGCCCGGGGGGCUCCUUCAGGCUCCUUGACGCUGGUCCAAGGGGCAUCUACCUGGGCAUCGCCUGGGCCUCCAGCCGGGGGACUGACUCCCGGCUUCAGCUCCCGGGGCCACUGUAAGAAGUGCCCUUAUCACCCCUCGCCCUGUCCUCCUCCUCCCUGAACCAUCGGGACCCUGGUCCAGAGCGAUAGCCUUGGACCUGGGACUAGGCGCUCCAAGACGCUCAGCCCCGGCACCCCACAGACGGGGCUCUGCAUCGUCUCUGAUAUGUCACCCACCAUCUCCCACAAGGACAACAGUCGGCAACGACGACCAGGGAAUUUCAGCCACUCUCUGGAUAUGAAGAGCGGCCCUCUGCCGCCAGGCGGCUGGGAUGACAGUCAUCAGGAAUUGGUGGGCGGGGAAGGGGACAGAGAAGCUUUUCUGCGGGAUACCGGCACUGGUGACUUCUCAAAACCCCCACGGAGCUGCCGGGCCGAAUUAAGCAGCAUUUUGCUGCUGCUUUUUCUUUACGUGCUUCAGGGCAUUCCACUGGGCCUGGCGGGAAGCAUCCCACUCAUUUUGCAGAGCAAAAACGUUAGCUAUACAGAUCAAGCUUUCUUCAGUUUCGUCUUUUGGCCUUUCAGCCUCAAACUGCUCUGGGCCCCGCUGGUUGAUGCAGUUUACUUUAGGAACUUCGGUCGUCGCAAAUCUUGGCUUGUCCCUACACAGUACAUACUGGGACUGUUCAUGAUCUAUUUAUCCACUCAAGUGGACCGUUUGCUCGGGAACACUGAUGGCAGAACGCCCGAUGUGGUCGCUCUCACUGUGACAUUCUUUUUGUUUGAAUUCCUGGCCGCCACUCAGGACAUCGCUGUGGAUGGCUGGGCGUUAACGAUGUUAUCCCGGGAAAACGUGGGUUAUGCUUCUACUUGCAAUUCAGUGGGCCAGACAGCGGGCUAUUUUUUGGGCAAUGUUUUGUUUUUGGCCCUUGAAUCUGCCGAUUUUUGUAACAAAUAUUUGCGAUUUCAGCCUCAACCCAGGGGAAUCGUUACUCUCUCAGAUUUCCUUUUUUUCUGGGGAACUGUAUUUUUGAUAACAACAACUCUAGUUGCCCUUCUGAAAAAAGAAAACAAAGAAGUAUCAGUAGGAAAAGAAGAAACCCAAGGAAUCACUGAUACUUACAAGUUGCUUUUUGCAAUUAUAAAAAUGCCAGCAGUUCUAACAUUUUGCCUUCUGAUUCUAACUGCAAAGAUUGGUUUUUCAGCAGCAGAUGCAGUAACAGGACUGAAAUUGGUAGAAGAAGGAGUACCCAAAGAACAUUUAGCCUUAUUGGCAGUUCCAAUGGUUCCUUUGCAGAUAAUAUUGCCUCUGAUUAUCAGCAAAUACACUGCAGGUCCCCAGCCACUAAACGUAUUUUACAAAGCCAUGCCCUACAGAUUAUUGCUUGGAUUAGAAUAUGCUCUGCUGGUUUGGUGGACUCCCAAAGUAGAACAUCAAGGAGGAUUCCCUAUAUAUUACUAUAUUAUAGUGCUGCUGAGUUAUGCGUUACAUCAGGUUACAUUGUACAGCAUGUAUGUUUCCAUAAUGGCUUUCAAUGCGAAGGUUAGUGAUCCACUUAUUGGAGGAACAUAUAUGACCCUUUUAAAUACUGUGUCCAAUCUGGGAGGAAACUGGCCUUCUACAGUAGCUCUUUGGCUAGUAGAUCCCCUCACAGUGAAAGAAUGUGUAGGAGCAUCAAACCAGAAUUGUCGAACACCUGAUGCUGUUGAGCUUUGCAAAAAGCUUGGUGGCUCAUGUGUUACGGCGCUAGAUGGUUAUUAUGUAGAAUCCAUCAUUUGUGUUUUUAUUGGAUUUGGUUGGUGGUUCUUUCUUGGUCCAAAAUUGAAAAAAUUACAGGAUGAAGGACCAUCUUCAUGGAAGUGCAAAAGAAGCAAUUAAUUUGCAUUCACUACUGGACAUUCUAGGAAGGUAACUGUAAUUUUAUUUUAAUUCAGACAGUUAUGAUAAUCAGUGCAUGGGAGUAUAAAAUAAAAUUUUAAACAAGGAAAUUAUUAAUAUAAAAUGCCAAAUGAUUAAAAAAUAGACUCUCUGUAUAGUUGAUUAUAUUUUCCUUGCCUUGUCAAUGUAUUUGAAGUUUACUUAAGGUCAGGAAAUUGGUUCUAAAACAAGUUUUCUGGCCUUGUUAUUUGAUUUAUAUCUUUUUAAUUUACUGACCAAAGUGUGUUUUAACCUGCAGUGCAGUAGUCAUGGGUGGUAACCAUCCAGUCAAGUAUUGUUAUCAGUACUUAUCAUUGAGCUGUAUUUAAAAUUCUGGUACAAUAUAUGAAAUGGAACAGAGUUUGAUAUUCAGGUACUAAUUACAGCCAGUCUGACCCUGUUGACAACUAAAUUUUAUUUUGAAUUGCAAAUUGGUUAAAUUCUAUGUGGAAUUUGCUGAGAAGAGAAUGCAGACUACUGAAAUGCCAUUUUAGUUGUUAUUUUUCUGACCAUAACCACAUUGUACUAAUGAAUCUGUUAAAAAGACUAUUUUAAAUGUAUUUCCUGCCUUUGUAAGCAUUACAGAUUUAUAAGAAGAUUAUUCAAACUAUUUUUUAUAAAAUGAAAGCUAACGAUUUUUAAUUUAAUGAUUCCCUGUCCCCCUUUUUGGGGGAGAUAUUCUGAUUCCUUGUUAACUUUUACCCUAAAGCUUGCAUAUGUUUUUGUCAUAAGUGCUUCAUGGCAUACAGACAGCUCGUGAAGGGAUCUAAUUUAGUGUUGUAUGUACGUUCAUGGCCAAGUUUUGAAAAUAAAAAAUGUUUUACUCAAA